ACACAUGUGCGCUCAGAGAGUUAAAUAACACUUACAUUUCAACUUUGUUUGAUCAGAAUAUAAAUUAAAUUUGUAUCAAGUUUUCAGUGUUUUUGAUCAGACAGCGCAGUGAAUAAAUCAAUCAACAAUGAGUUUGCGGGCUUAUGGUCUCCUCUUGAGGACGCGUCAAAUGACCCGGGUGUGCCGGCAAGCGCAUCGGACAGCGACCUUUGCCUUAAGCUUGCCUCUGCAGCAGCCGCAAUCACCGAAAACAGCUCUGCCGCAACGUCGGCUUGCCACAGCUGCACCGGAAUCUUCAAAAUUGGACAAACAUGAGUUCCAGGCAGAGACACGGCAAUUGCUUGACAUUGUCGCCCGAUCCCUGUAUUCGGACCACGAGGUGUUUGUGCGCGAGCUAAUCUCGAAUGCGAGCGAUGCCUUGGAGAAGUUCCGGUACACGGCCCUAAGCACAACAAAUGAAGGGCAGCUGGCGGCGAGAGAUCGUCCACUAGAGAUUCGCAUCACCACGGACAAGCCGCAGAUGCAGCUCAUCAUUCAGGACACCGGCAUUGGCAUGACCCGUGAGGAACUUGUCAACAACUUGGGCACCAUUGCACGCAGCGGAUCCAAGCAGUUCCUCGAGGAGCUCAAGCAGCAGCAGCAACCCGCCCAAGCCAGCUCGAAUAUAAUCGGCCAAUUCGGCGUGGGAUUCUACUCCGCCUUUAUAGUUGCCCAGCGCGUGGAGGUUUACACGCGAGCAGCCACUCCCGACGCGGUUGGCUUGUGCUGGUCCACAGACGGCAGCGGAACCUAUACCAUUAGGGAGGCAGAGGAGGCCGAGCACGGCACCAAGAUCGUCCUCCACCUGAAGACCGACUGUCGCGAGUAUGCGGACGAGGACCGCAUCCGCACCGUGAUCAAGAAGUACAGCAACUUUGUGGGCUCGCCCAUUCUGCUGAACGGCAAGCAAGCAAACGAAAUCAAGCCGCUGUGGCUAAUGGACCCGCAGAGCAUCUCUAAGGAGCAGCACCAAGACUUCUAUCGCUUCAUAAGCAACAGCUUCGAUUCUCCACGCUUCACACUCCAUUACAACGCAGAUGUACCACUGAGCAUCCAUGCACUGCUUUACUUUCCGGAGGGAAAGCCUGGUCUGUUCGAGAUGUCCCGCGACGGAGCCACGGGCGUCGCCCUGUACACGCGCAAAGUGCUGAUCCAGUCCAAAACGGAGCACUUGCUGCCCAAGUGGCUGCGGUUUAUCAAGGGCGUGGUCGACUCCGAGGACAUUCCCCUGAAUCUGAGCCGGGAACUGUUACAGAAUAACAGCCUGAUCCGCAAGCUAUCCUCUGUUAUCUCCAGUCGUGUCAUCCGCUUUUUGCAGGAGCGCGCAAAGAAGCAGCCAGAGGAAUAUGAGGCUUUUUAUCGCGACUAUGGACUGUUUCUGAAGGAGGGCAUUGUUACGUCCAGCGACACUUCGGAGAAGGAGGAAAUCGCCAAGUUGUUGCGCUUCGAGUCGUCCAAAUCGCCCUCUGGUCGCAUCUCUCUGGACGAUUACUACAAAGAAGUCAGUGCCGACCAGAAGGAUAUAUACUACCUGGCGGCCCCUAAUCGCAUCCUUGCCGAAUCCUCGCCCUACUACGAAAGCCUAAAGAAGCGAAACGAGCUCGUGCUCUUCUGCUAUGAGCCCUACGAUGAACUAGUGCUCAUGCAGCUGGCACAGUACAAAAAUAAGAAGCUGGUCUCCGUUGAGAAGGAGAUGCGCAACCAGUCCCAGGACCCCGCUGCUCUGCAAGACUUUGGAGAGGGCAGCCUUAGUAGCACUGAAGUGGACAGCCUUCUGCCCUGGCUGCAAAGCCAGCUCAAGGGUCAGGUGGCUAAAGUAAAGGCUACCACGCGCCUGGACACACAUCCCUGUGUCAUCACCGUUGAAGAAAUGGCCGCUGCGCGACAUUUCAUACGCACUCAGAGCCACCAGCUUCCCGAAGAGAAUCGUUUUGCCUUACUUCAGCCAGAGCUGGAAAUCAAUCCAAAACAUCCCAUCAUAAAGAAAUUGUUUUCCUUACGUACAAGCGAGCCAGAACUGGCGGAGCUGAUCGCCAAGCAACUGUUUGCCAAUGCGAUGGUUGGCGCGGGCCUCGCGGAAGAUCCUCGCAUGUUGCUCACUAAUAUGAACUCGCUGUUAUCUAAAGCUUUAGAAAAAUACUAACGCAACACU